CCUGGAGGAAGCCAGAGACAGAAGCUGUCGAAAGGAAACAAAAAGAAAGGCAGAGGAACGGAGAAAGAAAAGGAACUUCAGCCGGGAUUGCCUCUCCUUAAACAUGAGCCAGCUGUUUUUAGUCAAAGUGGAUUGGAUAGGCGCUCUGGAAACAUUUGUAGGUAGUUUAGAGUUAGUUUCACUGCCUUAGGGCAUGACAAAGGUGUGAGUCAGAGGAGUGGGACGGUUCAACCACUGGGAGGAGCUACAGUGGUCUCCAUGUAUGGUCUACAACUCUGUUCAUAUGGUAAACAGAAGAAGGUCACAUGGGGCAAUAGUCUUGGAGCAGUGGGGGUGGAAAGGGAGGGAAACGAACCAGAAGAGUGAAGAGCUAUACUGCCGGAGCACUUUGGCAUGCCUCAUGCGCAGGAGGCAGCAGCCCUUUCACCCCGAGUUUAGAGGACACUGGAUCUUAUUACAACGAGGAAAGGAACCAACAAUUUGGAGCAAGUGCCGUGUUGAGGUCAAAAGCUCUGACUACCUCACCAGGUCCAUCCCAGGAGUCCCACAACUGAAGAGCCAAGAUGCCCAUUAACUUCACAGUAGUGCCUGUUGAGGAUCAGGAGGGCGACGGCGACAGCGAGGCCGUGGCCGGAGGCAGCAGACCCAGUUUGGGAAAAAUCUUCAGGAAGGAAGACGAUGAGGAAAACUCACAAGGAGCUCACUUGGAAGAUGAUAGUCAGAAAGAGUCCAGUCCAUUCAUCAACACAGACGAUGAGGAAGAACAUUAUUAUGAAGACAAGAACAUGGCCUUGUUUGAGGAGGAAAUGGACAGUAACCCAAUGGUAUCAUCUCUCCUCAACAAGUUGGCCAACUACACCAACCUGACCCAGGGUGUCCGAGAGCACGAGGAGGCCGAGGACGGGGUCAGGAGGGUCGCUGUCAAGGUGCCCCAAAUGGGAACCUUUAUCGGAGUGUACCUGCCGUGCAUGCAGAACAUCCUUGGCGUGAUCCUCUUUCUCCGUCUCACCUGGAUCGUCGGUACAGCAGGGAUCCUGGGAAGCUUUGCCAUCGUCUCUAUGUGUUGCAUCUGCACCUUGCUCACAGCCAUAUCAAUGAGCGCCAUAGCAACCAACGGAGUUGUCCCAGCCGGCGGUGCGUACUACAUGAUAUCCAGAUCUCUGGGGCCCGAGUUUGGAGGAGCGGUGGGCCUCUGCUUCUACCUGGGAACCACCUUCGCUGGAUCCAUGUACAUACUAGGCACCAUAGAGAUUCUGCUGAUCUACAUAAUUCCAAACCCAACGGUCUUUCCAGAAAGCGAAAGCACAAUGUCUAACACUAUGCGGGUCUAUGGCACAUGCUGCCUGCUCCUGAUGGCUCUGGUGGUGUUUGUAGGGGUAAAGUAUGUGAACAAACUGGCUCUGGUGUUUCUGGCAUGUGUGGUUCUCUCCAUCAUGGCCACUUACGCGGGAGUCAUCAAGACGGCUAUUGAACCACCAGAGUUUAACGUCUGUCUGCUGGGGAACCGAUCCCUGAACAACAAGAUGUUUGAGACAUGCGCCAAGACUGUGUCUGUGAAAAACAUCACAGAGUUCACAAAGCUAUGGGGCAUAUUCUGUAAACCAAACGCAACGUGUGAUGACUACUUUGACCUAAACAACCUUACAGAGAUACGGGCCGUGCCUGGGCUCCUGAGUGGAGUUAUUAAAGACAACUUGUGGGGCGACUAUGGUCCUGCUGGUACGUAUCUGGAGAAGAAAAGCCAGCCUUCAGUACAAGCCCAGGAAUCGUCCAGUCAGACAGACAAGCCCUACGUCUUCAAUGACAUUGCCACCUACUUCACUCUGCUGGUGGGAAUAUACUUCCCCUCUGUGACAGGUAUAAUGGCUGGUUCCAACAGAUCUGGUGAUCUCAGAGAUGCUCAGAGGUCCAUCCCAAUAGGAACCAUCAUGGCAAUUCUCACCACCUCCUUCCUAUAUAUCUCUUGUGUGGUCUUAUUUGGAGCCUGUAUUGAAGGAGUGGUGCUGAGAGACAAAUUUGGUUACUCAGUGAAGAACAACCCGGUCAUAGGCAUACUGGCCUGGCCGUCACCCUGGGUGAUUGUGAUUGGCUCAUUUUUCUCCUGUUGCGGGGCCGGGCUUCAGAGCCUCACCGGCGCUCCCCGGCUCUUGCAGGCCAUCGCUCGGGAUGGGAUCAUCCCGUUCUUGCAGGUGUUUGGUCAUGGGAAGGCUAACGGUGAGCCCACCUGGGCUCUGUUGCUGACAGUGGGGAUCUGUGAGAUAGGAAUCCUCAUCGCUUCUCUAGAUGCCGUGGCCCCCAUCCUCUCCAUGUUUUUCCUCAUGUGCUAUCUGUUUGUUAACCUGGCCUGUGCUGUUCAGACUUUGCUCCGCACCCCUAAUUGGAGACCUCGCUUCAAGUUUUAUCACUGGACACUGUCCUUCUUAGGGAUGAGCCUCUGUCUUUCUCUUAUGUUCAUCUGCUCCUGGUACUACGCCCUGGUCGCCAUGGUGAUAGCUGGUUGUCUCUACAAGUAUAUUGAGUACAGAGGGGCAGUGAAAGAAUGGGGAGAUGGGAUCCGAGGUUUGUCCCUUAACGCAGCCCGCUACGCUCUCAUCCGGCUGGAGGAAGUGCCGCUACACACCAAAAACUGGAGGCCUCAGCUGUUGGUGCUGUGUAAGUUGGACUCCGAGCUGAGUGUGAAACACCCUCGCCUCCUGACCUUCACUUCACAGCUCAAAGCAGGAAAGGGACUGACCAUCGUCAGCUCUGUCCUGGAGGGCACCUACAUGACCAGGGGGAACGAGGCCAAGACGGGAGAGAAGAACUUGAAAGCAGCCAUGGCUGCAGAGAAGAUGAAGGGCUUCUCCCACGUGGUGGUUUCUUCCAACCUGCGAGACGGCUUCUCUCUGCUCAUCCAGUCAGCGGGGCUGGGAGGAAUGAAGCACAACGCUGUACUGAUGGCCUGGCCGGCAGGCGGAGGGCAAGUCCAUGACUCCUUGGGCAGGAGGAACUUCAUCGAAACAGUACGAGAGACUACAGCGGCCCAACAGGCUCUCCUGGUUGCCAAGAACAUUGACCAUUUCCCCAGCAACCAGGACCGUCUGAUGGAGGGAACCAUCGAUGUGUGGUGGAUCGUACAUGACGGUGGAAUGCUUAUGCUGCUGCCAUUUUUACUCAGUCAACACAAGGUGUGGAGGAAGUGUAAAAUGCGAAUCUUCACGGUGGCCCAUAUGGAGGACAACUCAAUUCAGAUGAAAAAAGACCUCCAGAUGUUUCUUUACCAACUACGUCUGGAUGCUGUGGUGGAGGUGGUGGAAAUGCAUGAAAGCGACAUCUCAGCUUUCACCUAUGAGAAGACACUGGUGAUGGAGCAGAGGUCUCAAUUGCUGAAACAGAUGCAGCUGUCUCGUACUGAGAGGGAGAGAGAGAUUCAGAGCAUCACAGAUGUAUCGCGCGGCUCCGUAAAGAGGAAGAAGCUGCCGGGUUCCCCUUCACUCAACAACCUGUGCUUACCGGAGGAUGAGGCCCAGUCAAUCCACGACCGGAACACAGCAUCUCAUUCUACAACUAACGACAGAGAUGCAAAAGCCACGGCAGAUCGCGUCCACAUGACCUGGACCAAGGAUAAACUUGUCAACGAGAGGAACAGACACAGGGAGGGUCUGGGAGUUAAAGACAUAUUCAACAUGAGACCUGAGUGGGAGAAUCUCAACCAGACCAACGUGAGGAGGAUGCACACGGCUGUGAAGCUGAACGAGGUUGUGGUCAAAAAGUCCCGCAAAUCGCAGCUGGUCUUGCUCAACAUGCCGGGCCCGCCAAAGAACAAGAAAGGAGACGACAACUAUAUGGAGUUCCUGGAAGUCCUCAUGGACGGCCUGGAUCGAGUCCUUUUGGUUCGUGGAGGUGGUCGGGAGGUCAUCACCAUCUACUCCUAGCACCAAGAUGUUUCCAUAUAAUCGAUCAAAAAACUGUUGAGCAGUGGGACCCCAGUUGGCAUGUUGUUGUUGAAGGGGAAAGGGAAGACUUGGGAUGGAUCAUGGGCAAAGAUGUCGGAUAGAAGUACAGUACACUGAGAGGACCAUGGCCGCUGUGGAGGAGGCUCCUGCGGCACAGGCUGAUCUCAAUGCAUCGUUUGGGGAAACAGAGUCAUCUCUGCACACCCACCUCCUGGAGGCCCUUAACUCCGACACAGCAGCACACUGUAAAAGGACCGCUGUGUGGCUGCACUGUGGGGAGGUUCUAUGCUCAGCUGAACUGUAAAGUAUGAGAUCCUUUUUAUCUUUCCACUGAUUGUUGUAGGCUCAUCAGUCCAAACAAAGGUAGCCAAUAUAGUGCCUUUAAUUAUCUCAGAGCUGUUUAGGAAUCCUUUAAUUGAUGUAAAAAAAGAUUUUACUAGUUUAGUCGCUCUCAAUGAACAUACAAGCUAUGUUUGAAAUGGUGAAUAUAUUUUAAAGCAUGUUUGUGAGCAUGUGACAAGCUUGCAUAUGCUGAGCAAUAUGGAACCGAUAUGGUAAUAUUUCAUUUAAUAUUAGUAUUGCUUUUAAUGUAAUAGGAAAUAUGCAACAAGGGGUUUUAACAAGAAAAGACACAAACAAACCAAAAAAAUCUAAAACUCCGACCAGCAAACUUUCAAAGAAAGAAUUGCGCCGCUGAUGAUUGAUUCGGUGAGUUGCAGUUGUAUUGUAUAGCAGCUUUCAUUGCAUCUGUUUGUGAUUAUCCAUUUGCUAGUGAGUAUUAAUGUCCUACAAACUUGACGCAGGAAGUUUAAACUUGAAAGAGAGGGUGCCGAUGAACCUCAUUUUAGGUUGCAGAAACUAUGCUCUGACCCAACCACAAAUGAAUGAUUCUACCACAUUUUUGACAAGAUAAUUUCCCAAAUGUCCACCACUUUUUGUAUUUUUGUUCAUACAACCUACUUAGAAUAAAAGGACAUAGCAUGUUGCUCGGCAACGCAGUAAGGACUAUGUUUUCACCAGAUAAUAUGAGAUUCUGUAUUCAGUUGUCAGUAACGACAUCAACAAUCAAUCGUGAUAGCAGAUUAUCCACAGAUAGGGGUAUCUGUGCUUAAAAGGACCAUUUGUGUAAGUCAAACAGAUUUCCACAACAUUACAUUCAACAAACGGACAUGCAGAAAAAGGACAAAGCAGGAAGUUAGGAGACAAAGCAAAUGUAGCAUGUCAUUUCUCUGAUCGCCAUCUUGUCAUGUUUCAUCCUAUGGUAAGUUCAGCGACGUUAUGUGUCAAAAUCAGUCAAUAUUGUUGGUAUUACCCUUUGUAAAAAAAAUUGAUUUCUGUAAAUAAAAUCAAAAUCAAGGAUUCCCUAUUGCGACAAACCAGAACGUGAAUUGUGUUUUUGUCCAAGUGAAUACUUUCUCCUCUCAGCCAGAUGGGAGGCGAGCCAGAUAGUUGUUGCCUCUUACGUAACUGGAACUCAGUCUCCAAAAAUCAAUCUCAGCCUAAAACCAUCGCUGACUGUCGGCAGACAAAAGAACAAAGGGAACUUGGAGCUGCAGUAAGAAGCUUGGCCUCAGAUAAAUAGCUUCCUGUUUGAGCAGUUAGCCGGGUCAGCACGCACAACAACAACAACAACAAGCUAGGCCUGAAUGCCUGACCACUGUCUGAGUUACAACCCUGCCAUGUUCUCUGCUGUAUGGAAUCCUCACUCUGCAAGGACGUACAGG